GGGCUCUACAACCUCUGAAAGUUUCAGGUAAUUCUGAGAGGGUCGACGUAAAUGUGGUAGGUUUCCCAUGGAUUUACUCACAGAUAAACAAUGACUAGUUGAACAAAUUUUUCUCCACUAUACUUUCCUCUAUCAAGCUACGGUUUUUUAAUAGAUAGAUGGAAAUAUCCUUCUUCAGAUGACGAGAAGAAAUAUUUUUUUGAUUCUUAAUAACAUACAAAAUUUUAAAAACUGGCUCCAUCAUUUGAAGUAUCAAAGAGUUUUUUUUUCAAAUGAGACCACCCUGAGUGUUCUAUCUCAAGGUAUAAUGAAAAAUCCUUGUAUCCGUAGAACCCAUAUAUUGAGGGCUAGAGUCCUGAAAACUUUUUCCACGCGUAGCUCUAUGCGUCGAGCAUUUGUAAGAGGAUUUAUGAGAGUGUCAUAUACUAUGUCGAAAACUCAUUUUGGAGGGGGAGGCUUUAGGAAGCUCAAGUGUUUGAGAACUAUUCACUAUAUCGAUUGAUAUCUUCAAAGGCGAGGGGCGCGCUCGCUACAUAUAAUAUUAAAAAUCUCUUUACCAAAAGAGAAAGUGUGUCUUUCCAAAAAUAUAUAGGAAUUGACUUUUCAAUUUUAAAGAGAACUAAUUACUUUUUAAGAGAAACUAGAUUUCGAGACCAAUAUUGACAUCUGCAUCAUGACUUUCCAUUCCAUUAGAUUAAUAAAAUGAGAUGAGAAAGAGAAGCAUAUAUUAAAUUCAGAAUAAAAAAACAUUCCUUGCGCGAAAAACUUCUUUCAUUUGUUAAGUUAUAUUUGUUUCAAUUACAGUCUCGUUGAUAAUGACUUCAAUGAAUACUUGUUUAUGGAUUCUUUCUGUGAUUAUUACACAAUUAGUCGGAGAAGAUAUGAGAUCCUUUCGAAUGUUUGCAAUGCGUGGCAGGAAAUUUCAAUGUGCUACUACAACUUGUCCACCAUUUGUUAGUGCCGUUAUUUCGACUAAUAUAAAAUGUCAAAUGACUUGUUUAGCACAAGUUUAUUGUAGGGCAGCUAGUUUUCAUGAAUCAAACUCUAGUUGUGAAUUAUUUACGGAUAUGUCAAAUGAAAUUGGAAAUAUGUUGACCGAUGUGAACAUUAUCACAACGAUUGUCAUUGCUGGAACUCGAUCUCCGCCUGAACUGACUACAACAACAACAACAUCGACAGCAACGACGUCCUCUACUACGGAAACAACCACAACUUCUACAUCAACUACGACACCGCCGAUAGGUCGAAUUUCACUUGCCGCUGUGAAUGGAACAAUUGCAGGUGUUUACAAUACAUCUGUAGAUGGUGAUAGUACGGCAGCAACACCCGGCUACGGUGUUGGUCAAUACUCAGCGUCUGAGACACCAGGCGAUGCAUGUGAUAAUGAUGCAUCAACUAAGUAUGUGAAUUUUGGAUCAUGUACAAUCUCUGAUAAUAAUACUCAGUGUGGUUUGAAUACUGGCUUGCAUUUUGAAUUACAACGUGGUUCAGCUGUAGUGAGGGCGUUACAAAUGUACACAGCCAAUGAUUAUUCUGAACGUGAUCCGCUAACCGUGUCGUUAGAAGGAAGUAAUCAAUCAGGAUCAAAUCUGACACUUGGUAGCAGUUGGACUCUUAUUUAUAAUGGUAAUAGUGGAUUACAAAACGAUCCGGGAGUUAUCGAUUUCUUGUGUCGGGAAAACGAUCAACGUCCGACAGUGUCCAGUAUUCUGAACUGGNCAGUCUCGUUGAUAAUGACUUCAAGGAAUACUUGUUUAUGGAUUCUUUCUGUGAUUAUUACACAAUUAGUCGGAGAAGAUAUGAGAUCCGUUCGAAUGUUUGCAAUGCGUGGCAGGAAAUUUCAAUGUGCUACUACACCUUGUUCACCAUUUGUCAGUGCCGUUAUUUCGACUAAUAUUAAAUGUCAAAUGACUUGUUUAGCACAAGUUUAUUGUAGGGCAGCUAGUUUUCAUCAAUCAAAUUCUAGUUGUGAAUUAUUUACGGAUAUGUCAAAUGAGAUUGGAAAUAUGUUGACCGAUGUGGACAUUAUCACAACGAUUGUCAUUGCUGGAACUCGAUCUCCACCUGAACCGACUACAACAACAACAACAUCGGCAGCAACGACAUCCUCUACUACGGAAACAACCUCAACUUCUACAUCAACUACGACACCGCCGAUAGGUCGAAUUCCACUUGCCGCUGUCAAUGGAACAAUUGGAGCUGUUUACAAUACAUCUGUAGGUGGUGAUAGUACGGCAUCAACAAGCGGCUACGGUAUUGGUCAGUACCCACCGGGUCAAUCACCAGAGGCGGCGUGGGAUAAUGAUACAUCAACUAAGUAUCUAAAUUUUGGAUCAUGUACAAUCUCUGAUAAUAAUAAUCAGUGUGGUUUGAAUACUGGUGUGUAUUUUGAAUUACAACGUGGUUCAACUGUAGUGAGGGCGUUACAAAUGUACACAGGCAGUGAUCAUUCUGAACGUGAUCCAUUAAUCGUGACGUUAGAAGGAAGUAAUCAAUCAGGAUCAAAUCUGACACUUGGUAGCAGUUGGACUCUUAUUUAUAAUGGUAAUAGUGGAUUACAAAACGAUCCGGGUCGUAUGGGUGGCGGCUCGAUACAACAAAUAAACAAUACCAUUUCAUACAGGAGCUAUCGAUUUCUUGUGUCGGGAAAACGAUCAGCGUCCGACAGUGUCCAGUAUUCUGAACUGGUAUUAUAUGGAUACUAA